ACAGUCCGCCUCUCUGAUUGAACCCGAGCGAGCAGGGCCGGGGCAGGGCUGCAGAAAAAUAAAUGCAGCAUAUUCAAAUGUGAAAAAUAAACUGGAUCUGCUUGUCGUCAGCACUCGGUGAAGUUAUUAAUGGUCUGCUGGGCUGGGACGCUUGCAAUAUUCACACGUAGCCUAAAGGAUGUCCCAGUACACAGACGAGCCGCGCUUCACCAUCGAGCAGAUCGAUCUGCUUCAGCGGCUGCGACGGAGUGGCAUGACCAAGCCCGAGAUAGUCCAUGCACUGGACACACUGGAGCGCCUCGACCGAGAACAUGGAGACAAGUUUGGGCGCCGUGGCUCCGCCUCCUCCUCCUGUGGCCCUGCUCCGUCUGUAUCUGACCCCGCCCCCUCACAUGGCACCAAUGAAAGCUCCACCUCUCACAUGGCCAUCUCUACUGCCACCACCGCCACGCAGACUCAGUUCCUCUCUCCGUCACCAAGCAACAGCUACGCCACCUCACCACCUGUCUCGCUGGUUGCGGUGACGCAAAACGGGACGGCCAAUGGGAAACUGUCUCCACCCCGUUAUCCGACAGGAAACGCGGCUGCGGCCGUGGCGGUGAGACCAUACGGGUUCGAUGGGACGGAGGAAGAGAUGGACGUUGACGACAAGGUGGAGGAACUGAUGAGGAGGGACAGCAGUUUGGUGAAAGAGGAGAUCAAGGCUUUUCUGGCUAACCGGCGCAUCUCUCAGGCAGUGGUGGCUCAGGUCACAGGAAUCAGUCAGAGUCGGAUCUCUCACUGGCUCCUGCAGCAGGGAUCCGACCUGAGUGAGCAGAAGAAGAGAGCCUUCUAUCGCUGGUACCAGCUGGAAAAGACAACUCCAGGUGCUACUUUGAACAUGCGUCCCGCCCCAUUGACCCUGGACGAAAUCGAGUGGCGUCAGACUCCACCCCCAAUAAGUUCGGCCACAGGCAGCUUCCGCUUGCGCCGAGGCAGCCGCUUCACCUGGAGGAAGGAGUGUCUCGCUGUGAUGGAAAGCUACUUCAAUGACAACCAGUAUCCUGAUGAAGCCAAACGAGAGGAGAUUGCCAACGCCUGCAAUGCUGUCAUACAAAAGCCAGGGAAAAAGCUGUCUGAUUUUGAGCGAGUGACCUCCUUGAAGGUCUAUAACUGGUUUGCAAACCGUCGCAAAGAGAUCAAGAGGAGGGCCAAUAUCGGGUCUUUUUUCCAAGAAGCCACAAUCCUGGAGAGUCACGGAAUCGACGUGCAGAGCCCUGGCGGCCACUCCAACAGCGACGACAUCGAUGGCAAUGACUACACCGAGCAGGGUUGUGAGUUGCCCUACUUUGAGAAGAGACAGUUGGCCCGACCGUUUGGCUUCUACAGGCUCGAGCCAACAUCGCCUACCCAGGAUGACAGCACUAACCAUGCAGACCAUCAGGAUCCCAUCUCCCUGGCCGUGGAGAUGGCAGCUGUCAAUCACAGCAUCUUGGCCCUGUCUCGCCCGGGGGGCGUGGCCAGCGAUAUCAAAACAGAGGCGCUGGAUGACGAUUGAGGGGUGUGUGUGUGGGUGUGUGGGGGUGUGUGUGUGUGUGUGUGUGUGUGUGUGUGUGUGUGUGUGUGUGUGGAGACAUGGAAGCGUGCUGUUUUGUUUCCAGAGCAGAGGUCCUGCUGCCCAUGCCGCUCAGACAUGGGUCACUCUCUUCCUCUGCAUCCUCUCAUUACACUGUAUCUGAAAAUGGCCAUGUAGUCCAGGUUCUCUUCCUCAGCCUGGGACUGUGUUAAAACAAAUCAAAAAUCCGAAGGUCCUCAUGUUUUCUGGAAUCUUCCACAGUGUGGGGCCGCCACCUCCGGCCCUUCCUUUAACCUGACCCCAACCUUUACCUCAUUCCACUCCAGGAGUGUGUCGUGCUUUUUGCGUUCUGUCCCUCAUCGGUGCUUCCUGGAAGUGGCGUCGUCUUUUCCGCCGACGUGCAGGAGCUUUUUAGCGGACAUUUCACGUCGGUGUGUGUGCAAGUGGGAGUGUGUGAAGCUUUUUAGGUGAAACGGAAGUGUGUUGCGCUGCCUCAUGGCUGUGUACCAGACUUCUGCAUUGACUGACAGCUCUGUGUAUUUAGGCGCUUGAACACUUUUAUUCCCUCCUAAAUUUGGCUUAUUGUUGUUAUUAUUAUUAUUAUUAUUAUUUUUUUUUUAUAAUUGAUAUCAGUUCAUUGUUCAAUGAGCAGCAAUCAUAUUUUUUUGGGUUUGUUUUGUUAAAUAAUCAGAAGAAUUGAACUGAAAUAAUCUAGAAAAGUGAAACUAAUAAGAUGUGGUUUUAUAAAUGCCAAAGGAUGGAGACUUAAGAGUCCCUUGGACUAUAAAGCAACGGUCAGCUGAAAGCCUCUAAACACAAAAUUACUGUAUUUUCUGGACUAUAAGUUGAAUGAGUUUAUUAGAGGGUUUUCCAUAACACAGUGAGUUCCUAAUAGAACAGAUUUAUUUUUUUUUUAAUCAUUGACAGUGACUGUUAUUUUUCCUUACAUUUACAGAAUUCAUCACUGGUCUAUUGCUUUUAAUGAAAUGCCUUACUGAAAACAGUAAGGAAGCAUCAGAUGAUAUUGUCUGGUUCACUUAUAUUUAAAAAAAAAAAAAAAAAACCAGAAUGAGUUUGUUAGUACCUCAGACUGUCACCCAAAGCCGGCGGUGGAGUCAUCAUGUGCUCUAGUAUGGCUUCCAGUCCAGAAAAUACCGUAAAGGUGUUUCUAAUUUAAAUACUUAAUUGCUCAGCUUCACCCAAAGUGGAUUGGAGUAAAUCCUGUCUCUUUUUUUUUUUUUUUAAUCUAGUAUUUAUUUUUAUUUUUCUGUGUUCAUAUCUGGAGAUUUCUGAGUAAUAAGCUAAAUCUGUCAUGGCCUAAACACUUGUAAGUUCUUGUGCAAUGAUUGCAGUAGAUCUGAGAUAUGAGAGAGAGAGAGAGAGAGAAGACUGAGUGCUCUUAUCUUAACCCUAAACCUCAUAGUCUGGCCAGUGCAUCAUCAUUUCUUGAUGCUGUUUGAUUUCGUAACGGUUUUGCAGUGUACAGAAAAGCUAAUAUGUUUCUGUUCUGCCUCUUCAGGACUUCUGCUGUAGGCAUGUGCCGAUAAUCAGAUUGACGGUUGGACAAAACUCUGUUAAUCUCAGUGUUUUAAACUAUUAUCCUCUGGGUUCCAUUAGUGAGACAAGAACAGCAGUUCUUACUGUUUUUUGUGCGUGUGUGUGUGUGUGUGUGUGAGAGAGAGAGAGAGAGAGCGAGAGACCUUCUGUCUGAAGGAAAUCCCAUAAUUCUGUUCCUGGGCCAAGAAUUCUUAUCCUGUUUCUAUAUCCUAUUUAGUGUCCUCAUUGACUUUCCCUUAGACUCCAUUUUAAAGCCUUUCCAUUAGUCUGUUAACUCAGAUGGUGUUUAUUAGGAGACCUCUUGAAGGGGCGAGGGAUUUAAGUCAGCAUGGGUCUAGACUUCAGGAGUAGAAUCUGCCCAGAAAUCAUUGCGAUCUAUACUAAUGCAAAGUUCAUCCCAAAAAAGGGAGACAAAAGCUGUAUGCUGAUCAAAUUGGAAUAUUAAUUAUUGAAUUAAAUAAUGUAAAAAUCAAAUAUCUGACUGGGCUUCAUGCCAGUAAUCUUGUAGCUUGAUUUUGUUAAACCUCAGUCAUGACAGCUGUGUGUGUGUGUGUGUGUGUGUGUGUUAAAAGCCUUUGUGUGUUUUCGUCCUGUGUUCGCAUUCACAAUUCCGAUUCAGUGUUUCAGGGCAGUAUUGACCUCAAUACUGAUUCUCCGUAUCGGAUCCAUACGUCACUAGCAGGCUGUCAAACAUAAAAUCAGUAUCGGCACAUGCCUAGUCUGCUGUUGACUAACGCAGGCUCGGUACACUUUCCAAUAUGUAGCUAUUUUACUCAAAAAAAAAAAAACAAAAACAAAUAAACAAACAAAAAAAAAACCUAAAAUAUAAACCUCGUUAUAUUCAUUAUGAUUUUAUGAUUUGUCUUUUUCUCUUUCCCAGUGUAAAAAAAAAAGCUAAGUGAUAUUUAUGAAAUGCAGAAUUAACUAAUCAAGGGUUCUUCUAUGUCGUAUAUCUUUUUUUGUUUUUGUUUGUUCUUUUUUUUUUUUUUUUUUUAAAGAGCAGUCUCUCUGUGUCUCAAAUAUUUUCAAGCAUAUUUUGAAACAGAAAACAGAGCACCCCCUAUCGAACGCAUAAGUCAGUAUCCGGCAGCUGGAGCGGUGUUGCUUGAGGUUACUGUUGGAAAAAUGAGUUCUAUUUAUACUCUUAGCAUGUUAACCGAGCAGAUAUGGCUCAGGAUUUGGAAACUCGCUCACUGACAGUCCUGAAAUUUAAUCUCCUAACUUUCUGGUCACCUUUCUUUCACUCCGCUUUACUGAAAUGUUUCCCCAAAAGCAGAAAAAAGACAUUUUCUAGAAAUUUCCAGCAUGUUAAUCACCCUCACAUGCUUUAUAGCUUCAGUAAUCAACCUAAAGUUUAGCGCUGAAUGACGGAAACUGCUUUAGCAUAUAAUUUCCUAAUCUACUUUUUUUUUUGUUGCUUGGAUAAAUACCUACCUUUUUGUAUAUUAUUUAGUGAAUUAUAACCAAAUUCUUCCUGGGCUUAGCUUCGUCUUAAUUUUCUAUUCAUUCUGUAGCAAGAUUUACACUUAACAUUUGCAAGCGUAUGUUUUAUCAUCACUCGCUAUUUGAAAAUUUUUCAAACAGAAGAACUACGCUAAGGUUCGUUUUCCCCGCUAGUUAGCUACAUACACAGGUAUCAUUUAGUGCUACUGUUGGUCUAUUGUUCAUUGUCUUAUCUAGUUGGAUUAAAGUGUUUUAACAUAAUCCAGUAUCUUAAAUAGAUCCUUAGCUACAGCAGAGUGUAAUUUGUAACUUAGUGUAACUUAUCGGUCCGGUUAUAAUUUCUGCUCUGAGGAAACGGAUCAGUAACUAAAAGCGACUGCGAAGGGUGACUGACUUAUUAUAGCUCGAUGCAGUGUAACUCUCACAUACACUGUAUAUAUGUGCUGAAAAACAGCACUCGUGAUGUUGCAACACACACACACACACACACACACACA